UGUGAGUUGUGAGCGGUGGCGGGGAGGAAGAGGAGGGCUUGCACUUUGUCACUUGUGGUGUCCAGGGACCGGUGUUCAGUUUUCUAUGGCUGCGUCUUUAUUUCUGGCCCAAAGCUCCUUGCGGCUCCCGUUUCCUAGAGCAUUUAGAACCGGUAAAUGGUGUCACGUUCCAGCGCCUGGUAUGCACACAACAGCAGCACGUAGUCAAGUCAAUCAGCAAGACUUUGAAAAGGCACAGAAUGACUUGAAGACUCUGAAAAAGGACCCUGGCAAUGACAUAAAAUUGAAACUGUAUGCACUGUUUAAGCAGGCAACACAAGGGUCUUGCAGUACUCCUAAGCCUGGCAUGCUGGACUUUGUGAAUAAGGCAAAGUGGGAUGCAUGGAAGUCACUUGAAAGUUUAUCAAAGGAUGAAGCCAGAAAAUCCUAUGUAGAACUUGUUAGCAGUUUGAUCUCUUCUGAAGCUCCUGUAAAAGAUUCUGCAUCAUUGAGCAGCGGUCAGAAAUAUGAUACUUUACAAGUUGUUAAUAAAGAUAAUAUCACAACGAUAUUCCUAAACAGACCAGAAAAGAAAAAUGCCAUCACGUUACAGAUGUACAAGGAAGUCGGUCUGGCUUUAGAUGAAGCUGCCAACGAUGACUCUGUUAUUACUGUAUUGAGCGGGUAUGGUGAUUACUUUUGCAGUGGUAAUGACUUGAAUAAUUUUACGAAUAUUCCACCUGAAGGGAAAGAGAAAAUGGCGAGUGAUUCUGCAGUAAUUUUAGAGACUUUCGUCAGCAAAUUUAUUGAUUUUCCUAAGCCUCUCAUUGCUGUUGUAAAUGGACCUGCAGUCGGUAUCUCAGUGACUAUUUUGGGAUUGUUUGACAUUGUCUACACCACAGACAGGGCCACUUUUCAUACUCCGUUCAGCCAGCUAGGACAAAGCCCUGAGGGUUGUUCCUCCUAUACAUUCCCACGUAUUAUGGGCCUUAGUAAGGCUGUAGAAGUACUUCUUUUUAACAAGUUGCUGACAGCACAUGAAGCUUGCAAGCUUGGACUGGUUACUGAAGUUUUUCCUGAUAGUACUUUCCAGAAGGAGGUUUGGGAGAGACUAAAGGCUUAUGGUGAAUUACCCAAAAAUUCCUUGGCUUUCUCCAAGCAGCUGAUUCGGAAUACUGAAAAGGAAAAGCUACAUGCCGUUAAUGUUCAAGAGUGUGAACGACUCAAGGAACGCUGGGUAUCAGAAGAGUGCAUGAAUGCAAUUAUUAGUUUCUUCCAAAAGAAAGCAAAGUUGUGAUAAUAAAAUAUCUAUGGUCACUUUAUCAAACAUGAUUUUUUUUUUUUUUUUUUUUUUUUUUUUUUUUUUGCUCAGUUACUUUUAUU